GGUUAUUGUUGUGUGUAAUCUGACUAAUCUUGUGCUUCUGUGAAAUCAAGUGCUGAAGUAUAAUUUAAUUCUCUGCUAAGUUCAAUAGGCGAACCAAAAUGCGACUCGCUUCAGUGUGGCUAUUGCCAUUGCUUUUCGCUUUAACCGCAGCACAAUUUGGCGGAUUCGGAGGAAGCUUCAAUAAAGUAACCAAUUCAGUACAACAGGGGUUUGGUAAUUUGGGCAGUAAACUAAAGUUGCCUUCGUUACUGAAUGUUAACACCUUUUCCGAGUUUGCGGAACUAACUGGCAAGACCUACGCAGAGGGUGAACGCCAACUACGUGAGGGCAUUUUUGCCGCUCGCCGACAGUUGGUCAAUCUGCACAAUGCCGGCUCAAAAGGUUACGAGCUGGCAAUCAACGCCUUUGCCGAUCUGACUAACGCUGAAUUUAUAAAGAAACUAACGGGCAACAAGAAAUCAAGCCGGGGCGAAGCAAAAGCCAGUGUAGACCGUGAGGAAGCUGCACCACCCACAACCAAUGUGCCGGAUGCUUUCGAUUGGCGCUCUAAAGGUGGCGUCACACCGGUAAAAUACCAAGGCGACUGCGGUUCGUGUUGGACAUUUGCCACAACUGGCGCCAUUGAAGGCCAUACGUUUCGCGCCACUGGCAAACUGCCCACACUAUCUGAGCAAAAUCUGGUCGAUUGUGGCCCCAUCGAUUAUGGCCUAAACGGCUGUGAUGGCGGCUUUCAGGAGUAUGCUUUCGCUUUUAUUAAAGAUGUACAAAAAGGUGUAGCACCUAGUGAUAAAUAUCCAUAUUUGGAUAAGAAAGACACCUGUAAAUACGAUCCUGCCACUAAGGCAGCGCUGGUGAAGGGUUUCGCUGCGAUCAAACCAAAAGAUGAGAAAACGAUGAAGGAGGUUGUUGCCACUCUCGGCCCUCUAGCGUGCUCUGUCAAUGCCUUGGAAACGCUAUUGCUCUACAAGAAGGGCAUCUAUGCGGAUGAAGAAUGCAAUAAGGGCGAAGUAAAUCACGCAAUUCUAGUUGUGGGCUAUGGCAGCGAGAAUGGUCAGGAUUAUUGGAUUGUUAAGAACUCAUGGGAUAAGACAUGGGGGGAGGAAGGUUACUUUAGAUUGCCACGUGGUUGCAAUUUCUGUGGAAUUGCCGAUGAAUGUAGUUACCCAAUAGUUUAGGUGCUCAAUGAUGUGAGGACAAUCGCUUAAAUUUGUGAAUGUUAUGCCUGUGAUUUCAGUAAAUAAAUGAUUACUUUAAAUGAUGAAA